GGUAUGCCCCUACUUACCUGAUGUUCGGCAGGCACGUACGGAUGCCCACUGACCUGGUCCUGGGAGUAGCAGCAGACCGGGAAGAAGUGGGUGAGCCGAAGGGUCCUUGUGUUGAAACAGCUACAGUGACGAAAACAAACACUAGGCCGUGUUACCAUCUCCAUAUUCUCGUCCAGAGCGAAGUGAAGGAAGACGGGCGUCUAUUGUGUGCACUGAGCGUGGUGGGUGAGUCUUUGGAUGUAGAAAUGUUCACUUGAAGUGGUGCUGUGUAAUGCUGUGUAUUGCAGUGAGAUUGCUGUGUCUUGUCAGACGUACCCCCGCCUCCAGUCACUCGUCCCGGGGUGACGAAGAGGAAAGCGGUUCUAGAGCAAACCUGUAUAUGAUUAUGCUAGCUAGAGGCGAAGGAGAUCCGCCGCCCCGAGGUCUCUACGAAGGGGCGCCCCGGCCCAGUUUUCGAUUGCCCAACGGGUAUCGAGGAAAGGGCAGCGCUCGACCCGGUGUGCCGGCGUGACGUUCUCGCCCCUCUGUAUACCAACGAGCUCGCCGAGAGGGUCUUGGUCCCCGGCGUCAUAUAGAAACCACUGUCCAGUUGACGCAUUGCGUAAGCCAGCUGUCGUAAGUCCGCUACCCUGUGGAGCAGGGCCAACGGCCGACGUCAGCGGAAAGACUAGCCCAGACGGAGACUGGGAGAAGGUUACUGGGACAGUGGGAGAAGCUGGAGCUACAGGAAGGGGUGCUUUGCAGGAAAACCCGUGACCCGAAGUGUGCCAGAUCGUGGUACCCGCCGACCAGGUAAACGCAUUAGUCUCAGCCUACCAUGACCAGUUGGGACACCAGGGACAGGAGAGGACCGUAUCCCUACUACGUAGAUUCUUUUACUGGCCUGGGCUGGAGGCGUCUGUGCACAACUUGAUUCAAGCCUGCCCCCGGUGCAUGUUGUUUAAAUCUAGACGAGAGGCCCGAGUGCCGAUGGUACCCAUCCACGCGAAAGCCCCCCUCCAUAUAAUGGCAAUGGACUUCCUGACGCUGGGCCGCCCUCAGGACCGUUAUCAAAACAUUCUGGUAAUCACUGAUCUGUUUACCAAAUACGCCUGGGCAGUCCCGACGCUUGAUCAGACAGCCAACACCACCGCCACAGCUCUAUGGCGAAAUGUUUUUCAGACAUUUGGAUGUCCCGAGUUUCUGCACUCCGACCAAGGGGCCAAUUUUGAAUCCAAGGUAAUCCGUGAGUUAUGCCAGUUGUAUGGAUGUACUAAAACCCACACGACGUCGUACCAUCCCCAGGGGAACGGUAGCUGUGAGAGGUUUAAUCAGACCCUAUUGGGGCUACUGGGGACCUUGGUCCAACGACAGCAGAGCGAUUGGGUGAGUGCUUUACCAAACCUUCUGCAAGCAUAUAAUAACAGUGUUCAUAGCACAACGGGGUAUGCCCCUACUUACCUGAUGUUUGGCAGGCACGUACGGAUGCCCACUGACCUGGUCCUGGGAGUAGCAGCAGACCGGGAAGAAGUGAGUGUGACGGAGUGGGUGGGGCGCCACCACCAGCGCUUACACUUUGCGUACGAACAAGUGUCAAGGAAGAUACAGACGACGGGGGAAAGGAACAAACGGUUGUAUGAUCGGACUGCCCGAGAUGCCCCCCUGUUACCAGGUGAGAGGGUCCUGGCGAGGGAUAACCGGCGCCAAGGAAAGGGAAAGCUAAGCGACCGCUGGGAGGCUAUCCCGUAUGUGGUUUGCAAGCAGCAGAGGCCGGGACAACCGGUGUACACCAUCCGGCCCGAGGGAAAACCUGGCCCCGAACGUGUGGUACAUCGGAACAUGCUUCGCCCCUGUCCAAACUACCCUGAGGCCGUGAUGGAGGGGCCCACAGGGCCAGUGCCGGCGGCCCCCUGGAUGGAAGGAUGGGCUGUGGUACCAGGUCGACCUGUGGUGGCGCUACCCCCGGCCGCCCAGAGGCAGCCAGAGAUAGCACCCGAGCCAGCUGAACCCCCGGCGGCCUAGAUGCAGCCAGAGCUGGCACCCGAGCCGGCUGAACCCCCGGCUGCCCAGAUACAGCCAGAGUUAGCACCCGAGCCAGCCGAACCCGAUUCACCCGUGAGACGCUCCCAACGGGAGAACCGAGGACGCCCCCCUGCCCGGUACGGUGAGUGGACGACGCCGAGGCAUUCCAGGGACUAGAAUGCAUUGGCGGGGGAGGAUGUCACAGGGUGACGAUAUCUUUUGGGUGGAACCAAAAGUUGGGAAAGUUUGGUUCCGCCCGGAGGUUUCCGCCCGGACCGGGAAGAGAAAACACCGGACAUCCGGUAGCAUCGCGAGGGCUGUAAUCAGCCAAACUACGUACAGCUGUGAGUUAUUAAGAGGAGCACCGGGUGAUUGGAGGAUGGCAACAUCUAGGAGAGUAUGUAAGAGCAGUUUAAACCACAGUUUGUGUUGAUGUUGUUCCUGUUGUUGGUGUGUAUCGUAGCGCUGAGUUGGGCUCGCCUGGUACGCUAUUUGGAUCGCUGUACUUGCUCUCUCUCUCGUUUUGUAUCGUGGACUUAUGUUGAUGGAGAUACCGAAGACCUUAUAGGUUGAAGAUUAAACGGAUAUUGACAUUGGAUGAGGGAAACAAAGGAAGAAGAAACGUACCAUUGUGAGUAUACAUCUGUGGAAAAGUGGUGUUGGCGACUGGAAACCACCCUGUCUAUGCAUCUGGAGUCAUUGCAGUAUGAAAUCAACAUAGGGGAACGUGGGACGAAGAAAGUGCAGUAGUUGUGAGUAACAGAAUCCAUUUAUGGAAGUGAAUUGCAUGUACUUGACCUGUAUAUCUUUUUGAGUGUUUCCAAGAGAGAGUGGGUGGCCCUACCCCUGAGCCAGCGUGGUGGGUGAGCCGAAGGGUCCUUGUGUUGAAACAGCUACAGUGACGAAAACAAACACUAGGCCGUGUUACCAUCUCCAUAUUCUCGUCCAGAGCGAAGUGAAGGAAGACGGGCGUCUAUUGUGUGCACUGAGCGUGGUGGGUGAGUCUUUGGAUGUAGAAAUGUUCACUUGAAGUGGUGCUGUGUAAUGCUGUGUAUUGCAGUGAGAUUGCUGUGUCUUGUCAGACGUACCCCCGCCUCCAGUCACUCGUCCCGGGGUGACGAAGAGGAAAGCGGUUCUAGAGCAAACCUGUAUAUGAUUAUGCUGUGAGUGUGUUUCAGUCUUAAAAUCACGGAGUGGCAUCCUGAAGUAUUUUCGCAGCCAAACGCUUGGCGGACUUGUGUUUAGGAGUGGCGGUGAAGAACUGUGCAAUUGGCGGUGUGUGAGUAUUACCAAUAAUAUUGCUACCUUACCUGUGUAUUUUCAUCAUCGCAGAGCUAGAGGCGAAGGAGAUCCGCCGCCCCGAGGUCUCUACGAAGGGGCGCCCCGGCCCAGUUUUCGAUUGCCCAACGGGUAUCGAGGAAAGGGCAGCGCUCGACCCGGUGUGCCGGCGUGACGUUCUCGCCCCUCUGUAUACCAACGAGCUCGUCGAGAGGGUCUUGGUCCCCGGCGUCAUAUAGAAACCACUGUCCAGUUGACGCAUUGCGUAAGCCAGCUGUCGUAAGUCCGCUACCCUGUAAAGUACAGCAUAACCUGUUAAGUCUGCCGAUCAACAGGGACGAGGAGUGUGUUGUGAGAGCUGUGAAUAGAACCAUACCUACCCAGAAGCUGUAGUCAGCGAAGAGGUGAGAGAACCAAUUGAAAUCGAUUCACUGUGUCCCUGUGUCCCAGCUGUCGUCUGUGGAGAGAGAGAGAGCCAGCGUGAACGCUAAGAUACCGAGCUGUGAAGAGAACCAUACCUACCCAGAAGCUGUAGUCAGCGCAGAGGUGAGAGAACCAAUUGAAAUCGAUUCACUGUGUCCCUGUGUCCCAGCUGUCGUCUGUGGAGAGAGAGAGAGCCAGCGUGAACGCUAAGAUACCGAGCUGUGAAGAGAGCCAUACCUACCCAGAAGCUGUAGUCAGCGAAGAGGUGAGAGAACCAAUUGAAAUCGAUUCACUGUGUCCCUGUGUCCCAGCUGUCGUCUGUGGAGAGAGAGAGAGCCAGCGUGAACGCUAAGAUACCGAGCUGUGAAGAGAGCCAUACCUACCCAGAAGCUGUAGUCAGCGAAGAGGUGAGAGAACCAAUUGAAACCGAUUCACUGUGUCUGUGUGUCCCAGCUGUCGUCUGUGGAGGAAUAGAGAAAACAAGUGUGAGCGCUGAGGAAACGAGCUGUGGAGGAAAGCCAUACUUACCAACGAGCUGUAGUCAGCGAAGAGGUGAGAGAACCAUUUGAAAUCGAUUCACUGUGUCUGUGUGUCCCAGCUGUCGUCUGUGGAGGAAGAGAGAGAACAAGCGUGAGCACUAAGGAACCGAGCUGUGAAGGAAAAUCAUACGUACCAGAAGCUGUAGUCAGCGCCGAGGUGAGAGAACCAUUGGAAAUCGAUUCACUGUGCCUUUGUGUCCCAGCUGUCGUCUGUGGAGGAAUAGAGAGAACAAGUGUGAGCGCUAAAGAAACGAGUGGUGAAGGAAAUCCAUACUUACCAAGAAGCUGCAGUUGGUGAAGAGGUGAGAGAACCCUUUUGAGAUCGAUCCACUGUGUCCUCGUGUCCCAGCUGUUAUCUGUGGAGAGAGAGAGAACAGGAAAGGAGAGUGAGUCGACAAACAAGGAGCUGUGUGAGAUAGGCGGCGAAGCGCCGUGAGCUACAUACAGGUACACGGACAGGAAAAAGUUAAUACCAACACUGAUUGUAAUUUGUUCUGCCUCCAGGAAGGAAAAGGAGUGCGCCACGGGCAGAAGGAACCAGAGGCGGGAACCUGUUCCUCGACGCAACCCCCCACCCUCUGUCACUCAUUCGGUCGUGGCCCCCUGGAGGGCAGAGCCUGACAUUAGUUUUAAUUUCCCCUUCCCCAAGUCCCAGUACAUUUUAAAUAUUUAAAUAAAUAAAGAAUAUUUUUUAUACUACCUGUCCUCGUUGUUGUCUGGUCAUUGGGUUGGUUUUGGGGACCUCCUCGAGGUGGAAGUUGAGAAGGGGCGUGGCUUAACAAUUAGCAGCCAGCCCCUGGCGUGUGACAUAUACAACUAAAUAAAUAAAAAUCUUUCUGCGGGCCGAAUUAUGUUAUAUGUUUGACAGAAGACUUGAGCCGUUUCUCAAUACCAAGUACGCCAAGUUUGGACUUGUGUCCUUCCUAGUUCGGACUUGCAAGUUCAGACUCGGAAGAACGAACUUCUGACGCGAAAUGCAUUCUGGGAAACAUCGCUGUCAUAAGUUCACACAAGUCUCCUCUGAUGCAUCCUCGAUAAAAUGGGCGGAUCAAGAACACAUCCGGGGAUUUUAUGUGAACUUGGGCUUGAUGUGAACUUUGAAUUGGAACAGUACUUGGGCCGCGACUGAUGAUGUUUCACAAGUCCACAAGAACGCAAGUACAGACAAGAACGCAUAUUGAGAAACGGCUUUGCGCUGAACGCGGAGACUUCCACCAAUUAAUAUAUUCGUGUGGAAACACGAAAAUUGAUCUGUGUUCCGCACACAAAAGAUUGCGUUCGGCCAUUCAGUGCACAUGUGCACCGUGCCGAAAGCCCUGUACUGAAACAGUCCGGUACAAAUGCACGUACCGUUACACCCCUACAGUCUAGGUACACAGUGUCAUGACCAUUAAUAAUGCAACAUCUGCAUUUUUCUUUCUCCCUCUUUGAGGUGUAAGCUUGCCGUUUGAAUUGCAUGUCACGCAUUAGUGGCAUCCAAAUAAAACUGACUCUUGCCGCGUGCAACCAGCAAGGUCAAGGUCACACAGUGUUAUCUGACUGAACCUUUUCAAAUCAGUCAGUGUAACAAAUGUUUAAACUUGAGAUUUGAGUCCUGGAAAAACUAGUAUUUGCUAUUUGUCAUAAACCAGUGUUUCUGAUAUAAAGUUUCUUAUUUUUGCAGUACCACUUAAAAGUUAUGUUAUC